UCCUCACGUGGCUGACGCAGUGAUAUAAGAUAGUCCGGCUGCAGCUCGCGUGGUCGGCGGAUAAUGUGACUUUUCUAGCUACACACUUUAUUUUGACCCAAAAUGGUGGAGGGUUUGAUGAUGUUUCUUCUCUCUGGGAUGCUGAUGUGUGGUCUGCUGCUCCACACGCUGUCCCAACAUGAAGCGGAUGUCGAUAAAACCAGCAAGAGGCCCAAUUUUAUCAUCAUACUAGCAGACGAUAUAGGCUGGGGUGACCUGGAUGCUAACUGGCCUGACGAGAGGGCAAACAACACGCCUUACCUCAGCAUGAUGGCUGCGCAAGGACAAAGAUUGACAGACUUUCAUUCUCCUGCUUCAACCUGUUCUCCGUCCCGUGCUGCCAUCCUGACAGGACGCUAUGGAUUGAGAAACGGGGUGACUCAUAACUUUGCCAUAGGCUCUGUGGCCGGUCUGCCAUUAUCUGAAGUCACCUUGCCCCAGCUCUUACAGGAGGCGGGAUAUUACACCGCCAUGAUUGGGAAAUGGCAUCUUGGCCACAAUGGACCGUACGGUCCAACUAACAGAGGUUUUGACUACUACCUAGGAAUUCCUUACAGUAAUGACAUGGGCUGUACUGACAUACCUGGGUAUGAUUUGCCUUUGUGCCUUCCCUGUGACUCAUCUGGGCCUCAAGUAUUCAGAUUGAAGAGGAGUGUACAUGGAGGAUGUUAUUCCAAAGUGGGCCUUCCUCUGAUUGAAAACAGCAGCAUUGUGGAGCAGCCGCUUGACCUGUGGACGCUAACAGAGCGAUACAAGUCUGCUGCAACCAGGAUUAUACGUGAUGCAAGGGAGAGAGGACGGCCAUAUCUCCUCUACAUGGCGUUGGCUCACAUGCACGUUCCCCUGGCCCCUCCGCUCUCUCCAGGUGCUUCCGCUGCAGCCACUCGUCGCCCUGAUGACGACACAGUGUACAGUGCCAGCCUGCGAGAGAUGGACAGCCUGGUGGGGGCAGUAAAGAACGCCUCGGAUGACACAGACAAAGAUAAUACUCUCAUCUGGUUCACUGGUGACAACGGUCCUUGGGAACAGAAGUGCCAGUACGCAGGAAGUGCAGGGCCUUUCAUGGGAAAGUGGCAGACCAGCCGAGGUGGAGGCUCAGCUAAGCGGACCACAUGGGAGGCAGGUCACCGGGUGCCAACAGUGGCUUAUUGGCCCGGGAGGAUCCCUGCAAACACCACCAGCUCUGCCCUGCUCAGUGGAAUGGACAUCUUCUCAACCCUGCUGUCCCUGGCAGGAGUUACUCCCCCCUCAGACAGACGUUACGAUGGCAUUGACGCCACAAAAAUCCUCCUGCAUGGUGAACACAUCGGUCAUGAGUUUCUCUUCCACCCUAACAGUGGUGCUGCAGGGAAGUUUGGUGACCUGCAGACAGUUCGAACACAGAAACACAAAGCUUUCUACAUCACAGGUGCUGCUGAGGCGUGUGGUGGUUCAACAGGAAGACAACAACUCCAUGACCCACCUCUGAUAUUUGAUCUGGAGCGUGACAAGGCUGAGGAAACACCCUUGGAAGUCGAGACACCUGAAUACCAGGCGGUAGCUGAGAAGAUUGCCCGGGGGAGGGAGGAGUUAUUAUGGGACAUUGCCACCGACAAGUCAGUGUCUUCAGCAGACUACAGCACAGAUGUAUCAGCAGUGCCCUGCUGUGACCCCAGACAGGCUGUUUGCCGCUGCCACACGCUGAGCUGAGGGGUGGGAAAAUCACACACACACAAACAUGCUCACAACAGGCUGAAAGUGAAGCAAACAGAUGUGGAGACAAAUAUCUCUUUUAAGAUGUCCUCAGCUGUUUGUAGAAUGUGUUUUGCAUGAUUCAAUUGAAUGAAUGGAUGAUACACUGCCCUGGUGGCUUGAUUGGUGAUUUUGGAGGCUGUUUUUGGUUAAACAAAAAGGAUUUCACUCUUUAACAAAAAGGUCUGUCUCUGUAGGGAUCCAUCACAUAAUGUUGUCAAACACUUAUAAUCACACUCACAAUAAUUUAAAAUAUCAUCACAAUUUGAGCCCAUCAUUGGUAAAAACUAUGGCAAUAGUAAAUUGAUAGUGCAUAAUUGCCCCCAGAAUUGUUGUUCCUAUAAGCACUUGACAUACAGUAUUAUAGGUCAAUGGGCCACUGGGCACAGACAAAGUAAAAAGCCCCCACCCCUCUUGGUUGUGGUCAUUUGUUUCAUACUUUGUUUCUUGUGUUGCUUUGUGGUCUUUUUUAAUGUCUUUUUGCUUAUUG